AAUUGGAGGGAUUGCCGGCACAGUGCAUGUUUUUAAAUGUGCAUCUAAUCCGAUGAAGCCAAGAUUGGGAUUUCUCUGGGAUCGUAGGACCGGCUUAGCUGCGUUUUUGCUGAGAUUAGGAGAGGAAAGCGAUGGGAAAUUCACUGGGCUGUGUUAAGGAGCCAAAAGAUUCAGUAGCUAUUCCUGAGAAGGCUCCUAUAUCUCCUAAGAAAAGGGUUCGGUUCAAAAGGAAGUGGAGGGGGAAGAAAACCCCUACUCCAGAGUUAUCCCCUGAGGAAGAACCCUUGGAAGGAACUGGAGUCAUUGAAGAGACAGAAACCCUAACGAAGUUUAUAGUGAGUCUCCAAAAGGAGGAAGGAGUGGGAGAGGUAGAACAUCCUCCCCCAGACAUCCUGCUGCCUGAGGACUCGGCCCCCAGCUCAGGAGUGGGAGAUGAAGGGAUGGUUGUGCAGGUGAAGGAGAGAUUCCAGGGGGAGAUCCAGACUGCCCACCUCUUGCUAGAGAAUGAGCCAUCAGUUGCCGGAGGGGUCUGGGAUUCCCUGGAAGAGGGGAUGACUGUCAUCGCUCACCUGCUUGAUAACCCAGCGGAGAGGAGCUGUGAGAAGUCGGUGAGCCAGCGGGUGGAGUUUCCGAGGACAGCGUCCUGCAGCAGCAGGGCUGUGCUGCUGCCUUUGCCAGGAGAGCCUGCAGCGGAGAAAGCGGAUGCUCAGCCUGGAUGUCAGAGCAGCACUUUCUGCAGGACGGACUCCCCCAGCAACACUAACACAGGACAUGGAGACCAACUUUCAGAGGGUUGGAGUGUGGGGGGAGGAACAAAGGGUAUUUUAAGUGCCCCUGAGACAGGUUCCUGGAUUACAGAGCAUUCUAUCCCUUCAUCACUAUCGGAGCAGUCGAGAGGCCACAGAUGCACAGAACCUGUCCACAUGGGUCGCGUGCUGCCCCAUGGUCCCCAGCUGCCUGCUUCUCAGAGUGAUUUGUCUGUCAGUGGCAUGACUGUGAGCAUGGUGCCCUCCUCCUCUGGCUAUGGCAGCAGUGGGCUACAUUCACGUGGGAUCCGGCCUAAAGAGGCAGAACCCGAAAAGAGUUCCACGUCAUUCUCAGAAGAGGAUGGCACCCUUUCUUUGGAGCCAAGCCACACCCCAUCAUGGGGUCUGGAGGAGGUAGGUGGGCAUGUCCAAGGGAUAUGCAAACAGCUGUUUGGAUUCCUGGCCCUCAAACUUAUUAAAGUGGAGUUUGGCGAGCAGUGAGGAUCUUGGGGCUUUCUUCUCAAACUUGUCCCUAUGUCUGGGAACUGGGAGUUAGUGACUGCUGGGCUUGGCAAACAGAAUCUAUUUCUGGUCUGCCCCUGGAUGCUUGGAACCAAGUCUUGUCUCUGGGGAGUCCCUGAUUUUGUGCAACUGUGCAGCAUGAUUGCUUGAGCUUUUGAGUGGGGUUAUCUCUCAAGGUGCAGUGCUAGUUAGUACUUACUUUCAGGCAGGUGUGUUUAUCAGCUUCCCUGCCACAAGGAGUCUGUGGUGUAGCACAAAGGAUAAGGGAGGUCUGGCUAAGUCCCUGAAGUGAGUGGAGAAGGGGUGAGGAAUGUUGAAGGACUGAGGAGCUAUCUUCAGUGUAAUUGCUCUUCUCCCCAGGAGAAUGAUGUUCUUACUAGAGCUGAUGCAAUCCCUCUCCUGGGAGACACAGCUAGUGACAACACUCAAUAUUUGUAGAGGUGGACAGGGCUAAUCCUCCUUUGGUUCCUGAGUUUGCCAUUAGAGAGGGACAUGGGGUUAUUUGGAGAUUAAUCCAGAGGAGGGGGUUAGGGCAGUUUGAAGGUUUGAGGACAGAAAAAGUUGGUUUUCUGAUUGGAUAUAUUUAUAGCUCUGACACGUUUUUGUCUGUGAGGUAUAUAUCCAGGCAUAGGUGAUGGGAGUAGUGAUGGUGGUGGGUGCUGGGAAUGUUU